AGUCGCACAGCUGUGAAGUACGUUCGCGUGCUUUCGCUUCCUUGCUCGCACGCUGCAUAAAUUAUUAGCCUUCUAUCAAAAAAAAAAGCCCUUUAAAAAAGGAAUUAAUAACAACAACGGUAUUUCUUUUCUCUUCUUGCUACGCGGACCGUGCACGACGCACCGUCGAUCCGCGCAUCUUUUCCACUUUGGCCUCUCCCUUCCUCCUGUGUCUCACCCGUAGAAGUCGAAGCCCCAGAGAGACCUCUUUCAGCUCUUCACCGGGCCAUUCACCGUCGGCCGCUUCCUGCACGGUCCGUACACGAACUUUUACUCCCCCUGCCCUUCCCUAUUUUUCUAUUUAACAUCGACGCGUUCUCAGCCAACGCAGCGCAAAGAGAGAAUGAGCUCCGAGCAGUACUGGCGCAGUCAAGUUGCGCAGAUGGAGGCGGAGUACGAGCAGAUCAUCCAAGGGCUGCGCGAUGAGGUGGAGAAGCAGCGCCGCCGCUGCAUCGAACUAAUGCACGAGCAGGCGAUGCAGCGCGCCACGGCAGCCGCUGAUGUGCGCAACUUCUGCACGCAAUACGUAGCGGAGGCGAAGCAGCAGCAGCAGCAUCACCGUAAUCCGGCCGUCGCAGCCCACACACCCAUGGUCUAUCGUCACCACAGCAGAAGCAGCAGUAUGGAGAGCGUCCCGCUGCCGGCGCUGCUGACCUUCUUACACGAGUACAGCCACGGCCUGCUGCAAAUGCCGGAGAACCGGCGCAAGCGUGAUCGUCCCGACACGAGCCUCAGCCCGCUGCAUCACCGCCUGCGGCAGCGCAUGUUCGCGCGGCACCGGCAGGUCGGUCGUGAUGAUUUCGUGCUGGAGGAAGGAAGUGAGGGGCUGGAGAGCGGCAGCGCUGGGGCAUCGCCUGCGGGCUCGCCGUGCUCGCCGCCCAUGGCGCCUUCUCCCGCAGCCCCGAGGAGCGGGUCUCGUUUCGCAAACGCGGCCACCAACCCGCCGGCGGUGCACUCGACCUCGGCGAGUUUUGAAGCAUCGCCGUCUGCCGCGGCGACUGGCAGCGGAGGGAAGGCGAGCAGCGGUGGUGGUAAUGGGGGCCCCGUGAUGGCGGCAUCCGCCUUUGGCCUCCCUACGCUGCCCCCUCGUUAG